AUGGCUUCACAAAUACAUUUCUUAGACAUCAAGGGUAAACCAUUGCUAUCCCGAGACUACAAAGGCGACAUUCCAUCAACAACAAUUGAAAAAUUUCCCCUUUUAUUAUUAGAAUUGGAAAACACCAUUGAUGAUGGUGAUUACAAACCGUUUAUAAACCAUGACGGUAUAAACUAUAUCUUUAUCAAUCAUAACAACUUGUACAUUUGUGCAUUGACGAGGAAAAAUGAAAAUAUAAUGACAAUUGUCAUUUUCCUAUCGAAAUUGGUUGAAGUCUUGACUCAAUACUUCAAGUCAUUGGAAGAAGAAAGUAUAAGGGACAAUUUCGUCAUUAUAUACGAAUUGCUUGAUGAAAUGAUGGAUUUCGGUAUUCCUCAAACUACCGAUACCAAGAUUUUAAAAGAAUACAUUACUCAGGACUAUUAUUCCUUAAUCAAGACUACACCAUCACAUCUUGUUGCUCCACCCAAUGCAGUAACCAAUGCCGUUAGUUGGAGAAAAGACGGCAUAACAUACAAGAAGAAUGAAGCGUUUUUGGAUGUGGUUGAAAGUAUCAAUAUGUUGAUUUCACCCCAAGGUAAAGUCCUCAAUAGUGAAAUAUUGGGACAAAUAAAUAUCAAGUCGCAUUUAAGUGGGAUGCCCAAUUUACGAUUAGGACUCAAUGACAAAGGUUUGUUCACCGGUAACAACAACGGUGAAGGUGAGUCCACUGCUUCCACUGAGGGCAAAAAUGUCGAAAUGGAAGAUAUCAAAUUCCAUCAAUGUGUUCGAUUAUCCAAGUUUGAAAAUGAAAAAUUAAUCACAUUUAUCCCCCCAGAUGGCGAAUUCACCCUAAUGUCAUAUCGUUUAUCUUCAGCUCAAUUCCUAACCAAACCAUUAAUGUUGGUCAAUUGUAAAACAAAAAUUCAUAAACAUUCACGUAUUGAAAUCAAUUGUACCAUCAAGGCACAAAUCAAGAAAAAAUCAACGGCAAACAAUGUUGAAGUGAUUAUACCCAUUCCUGAUGAUGCCGAUACUCCCAAGACUGAAGCUGAGUAUGGCUCAGUUAAAUGGAUCCCUGAGAAAUCAUGCCUUGUUUGGAAACUAAAGACUUUCCCUGGUGGUAAACAGUUUCAAAUGCGUGCUGAAUUAGGGUUGCCUGCAGUAACUGAUUCUGAAUCGAUAUUGAGCAAGAAACCCAUCAAGGUUAAUUUUUCCAUUCCCUAUUUCACCACUAGUGGGAUUCAAGUGAGGUAUUUGCGCAUCAAUGAACCUAAAUUACAAUAUCAAUCGUACCCGUGGGUCAGGUACAUUACAAAAUCAGGUGAAGACUAUAUUGUUAGAACAAGAUAA